CCACUGCGCUAUCGGCGCUGCUUGUUGGCGCGCUUGGCUGCGCCGCCCGGCCGGUUUUGUAAUUUCGCCGGGCGGACCGUGACGUCACAAGACUAGUUUAACGCGCGUGCGUGACGGCCUGCGCCAGGACGCCCGCGCCGUCGCCGCCCCCGACCUUAGUACCAGUGCGAUGACGUGCUCGCUCGUCUUCUGAGCUACGACUAGAAGUGAUCAUGACAGUGCGACGGUUAUCAUUUGACAUUCAGUUCUCGAUCGCUGCACGUUAGAGAAAAACCAUUGACGGUUCAUUUCUCAAAUUUUCCCUUAUUUCUCGAAAUGUAUGAUACAAGAGAAUUUAGAUCUUGUUGUUUGUAUUUUCGACCCAAAGUAUUGCGUACUUACAUCAUUCAUACGGAUGUAAAAAUGAGUGAUUUUAAUCGAAUACUCCGACGCACAUAACAAAUUCUUUGCCGGUGUGAGUGAAUUAUGUGCGCUUAUGUGUUUUCGACGUGGCCAGCGAGCUUCAGCUAUCUGUGUGUGAGUGCACACACGGACGGCUCGACCCCGCGGCACAGCCUUUUUGUAAUUUUAUUUUUCCUCCUUCAGCAUAGCGAGGCACCGACUCGCGCGGUAAUAUGCCCCGAAUGAUAAAGAUAGUAUUUUUAUUUCAUUAUUUCAAGAGUUAUUUAUUAGAAUUCAUUUUAUUUAGUAUAUACUUACUAAUUACAAAUUGACAGUAAUAAAAAAUCAUAAAUUAUAUGUACUUAGGUAAAUAAAUUACUAUUGCGAAGGGUAGUCUGGAAUUGCAAUAAUACUGUUGGGUUAAUAAUUUAAAACAGUACCUAAUAUUAAAUCAUUCAUAAUGGAAAAUAUUAAAAGACAUUCUAAAUGCGCCUACGACAGAUGCAAGGCUAUGUUUACUGACAUAUAUAUAUCCAUCUACCUCACACUUGUUGGGAACUCAUACCUAUUGUCAUCUCUUUCACGCGUUUCUGCCGCAGCCUCCGCAACAAAGCACCGGGUGGGUAGCUUUAUCUCUCAGUGUGCUUACAGAAGCACUUCUCUUUUUUCUCAACAAUGUAAGUAAUGUGUACCUAUGUCUGUAUAUCGAUUUGGUAUUCGACUAAAAGUAGGUGCUUACAUUCUACCUCAUAAAGUUUAUCGUGACCUUUAAAUCCUUUGGCAAUAUGUAAGUCUUGAUUCCGCAAAGAAUAUUUUUCUGAGAGCUUGAGAAUGAUACGUUUUUGUUGGGAUAGGAUGGGAGUGUGUGUAGUUUAAAAAGUAAUUGGAAUGAUUAUUAUUUGCUAAAAAGUUGUUGUUCACUGACAAGUUUGACAGGCACGUGGAUACAAUAGUGUUAUUACCUGUUUAUACCGUACGAUGGUGCGUCUGCGCUGGGCCGGAGCAGGGCUGCCCGGCUGCUGAACAAGUUCGGGCGCUUCUCGUCGGUCAGGUGCCACUUGAUACUCGUUCUUUUCUAACUGGACUCAAAUCAGCUGUUACUGCGUCGCCCUCGGCAUCUUCAUAUUGUACGUGUGUUGUAUUGUUAUCAUUUUGAUCCGGUUUAUUUUAUCUUCAAUUUAUGUAGGAUUUACGGAAGUUAGGUUUGAACUUCGAGUUGUAAUGGGCUUUUUCUUUUUGCAAAUGAAAGCUUUCUAUGUAGUCAUCAACGAAUAGUCGUUCUUUGAACUUUAGCUUAUUAAGCAAUUCAAUUUGUUGUUACAUAGAAAAAUACACUUUAUAACAUUAUUACACUCGAUUCAGACAAAAGGAAUAUUACGUAGGUAAUCCUAAGUUACAAGUAGUAUAAUUUUUUACCUAUGUGUUAAAUAACGUACCAUAUAGGUAGUAGGCUUAUGGUAUAUAUGUAGAGGAUGUAUCAUACAAGUAUAUAAUACAGAUGAUGUUAUGUAUAGUGCAUGUGUUAAUAAGGAACCCUUAUAAAUUCACUUAUGUCCAUUGGUUGUUAAGUACUUAUAUCUCUCCCCGUUACGUACGCACGCACGGCCAAACUGCGCACUUGUCUACUACAAAACGACAGCGGUUCAGAAAUUUGACAGACAAUUUGUAAAAAACGACUUAUAGCCAAAGGCCCGCAAAGAUCGAUCGAUGAUCACAAAAAACUCUCGGUCGGGUGAAUAUAUUAAACAGUCGGCAAUUUCUCGAACCGUACAAAAGUCACCAACAUAGCUGCCUCAUUAUUCGGCUUAACCAUCCCAUUUAUGUUGUAGACAGAAGUAAAGCCCACCAUGGUCUAUGAUUUCUAUUCCAUACCAAGCAUCUGUAUCUGAUUAUAAUAUAUCAUCAACCUCAGUAUAAAUACUAUAUAGUGGUCUGCCAGAUCAAUCACGGUUGUGCAAAUCCAGCACCUUACAUAGGUGUCUGUUGACUUUUCUGUCCUGUGGAUUGUGUCCGGUGACGAUGGUGCACAACAAUCAACUUAUUAUAUUUUUAUCAUUUAUGCUAAAAAACCUUCCAGUGUUUUCUAUUUUAUGAAGAUAUUGGUCCAUUUUAAUUUCAUUUGUAUAGGGCUUUGGACUUCGAAGAAUUCCUCAAAAUAAAUUAGGUUGAUAAUGAUUAUUUUUGUAUUGGGUGAAAAAAGCCAAAAAUAUUAAUGUUUUAAUUAAAAAAAUGACAAACCAUUACAAUCCAAAAAUUUACUGAAUUUAAAAAAAUAAUAAUUAAAAGAAUUUCUUCUUUCCAAAUUAAAAAGCAUAUUUUAUAUACAUAUUAUACAAUUUUUUUGGUGUCGCUGACUAAUUGAAAUUGCCAGUUAAUUCAGCUAAAUAACGAAAAAUUAAAAUUUAAAUUAGGUACUGAAUUUUUUAAAAUAUGUGUUGAAUGUGGAUAUAAACACAAAAACAGUGAUUGUGAAGAAAGAGAUUACAUUGUUUUACUAAUUUCUUAUUAAUUGUGGAGUAUAGAGAUAUUAAGAUUCAUAUAUAUUAUAAAAUAUGGUUUUUCUUAAUCUCACUUAUAUACUGAUAAGUCCUAUCCUAAUUGCUAAUACCAAUACUUCUCUUACGGUAUUAAUACCCUGUCCAACUUUUUGUCUACAAAAACGAUGUUACGCCUAUAUUAUACUAGGUGUCGCGUGGCUUCGUUAGCUUGAAAAAAUCUUUCGGGAUAAAAGUAGCCUAUGUCCUUUCUUAUAGUUUAUGUUUACAAUGUACCAAUUUUCAUCUAGAUCGGGUUCAGUGGUAUGCCGUGACAGCGUAACAGACAGAUAGAUAGACAUAGUGACUAUCCUAUUUAUACUAUUAGUAGCUCCACUCAGGCGAAAUACCUUUCUCAGAAGAACAGUCCACUAUACAAUUUUACGGAAUAAAAAGUUCCCUGUAUUGUUACUUUGUGUAUUUGUGACCCAUAUUUCAUCCUGGUCUAAUUAGCGGUUUAUGCGUUUAGGUAAUUUGAAUAAACAUACAAACAUCUAAGAAGUAUGAUUAAUUAAAUAAUUCUAUGAAAUUUUUAAACUUUACCACGUCCUAGUUCUGUAGUUUGAAAGAACUUAUAAAAGUUGUUUUAAGCUCUCUUUACUUGGAUAUAAUGACCUCUCAAAAGAUCUUUGAUUUUACAAUAAUAUUUUCAUGUUUGAUUAUUCCAUUUUUUUUAGUUCUUACUGUUUUUUGGUGAACAUGUUUAUUUUACUACUAUCCUGUCCCAAAUACAUUGUUGUCAAGUUUAAGUUCGUAAAUAAUGCAGUUGUAGUGCAGAUUCAGAUACUUUGCAAUUCGCAAAACUUUAUUAGUUAAAAUAUUAUAUUAUUAGAAAGGUUUAGUUUCGUUUAGGAUUUGAAGACGCUAUCAUGGUCGACUAUUUACUUUUCGGAAGAAACUUCAGUAUAAGGAAUAAUCGUAUCUAUUAAAUUGAUUUUCCUUUGGUUUUUAAUAAUGAUAAUAAUGAUAUUGAAAGUUUCGUUUUUUGUUAGAUGUCCAUUACUGACAGACAAAUAUUGAUCACUGACAUUAUUAGAGACGAGCGAGCACAUAUCGCCAUUGAAUUCCGUGAAGAACUGUUCUUCAUAAAAAAAUAGUCGGCUUGUAUUUCAGAAUUUGAAGUGGAGUGUUAAGCGGGGUGCUCCUGAGUGGAGCCUCCGCCCGCACCAAGACGUCUCCCUUUGUGGCGAGGUACGGCGGUAUGUCUGCGUCGCCCCCGUCGGUGGGCGCUUGCGAGGAACGCGCGCGGACGCCCAAGUCGGGCGCCUCGCCUGCUUCCGCGCCGCGCUCGCCCGCGCCCGCGCACGCCGUGCUCGCCACCAUGACGCCCGUGCAGCCCGCGCACGACUACUACCCGCACAAGGUCGAGAUGGACUCCGACGACGGCUACCCUCCCGACGCGCAUUCCUACCGACACUCGCCCCACGAGCUCGCCGCCUACGCCACGGACGGCAAGGUGCCUGUACAGACGGACGUCUACGAACAGGGAAUGGAGUCGAUCGAUGAGAAAACUCCUAUAGACCUGAUAUAUGAGGACGACAAGCAAACAGUCAUAUACACUACGACGCCAGAUCAAAAACGAGUAGAGAUGAUUAGUGGGCAACUGGAAGACGGACAACUGGUAGGUGGAGGCGGACAGCUUGUGGAUGGCGGCGUUUCUGUGGUGGUAGGCGCUCCGGGACAGCCGCCCACGGUCCUCGUGCUGGCGGAUCACGUCGUUGACGAACUCGGACAAGUUAUCACUAUACCCAGGCGACGCAAAGAGGUGAUGGAAGUGAGCGGGGAGCCUUGGCGCGCGUACUACUCGAGCGCAACCGAGCACCCACUGAGCACGGCCACCACGGCGGUGUUGGGCGUAGACGAUCAGCAGCCGCUCACCGAGUACUACAAGCUGCCGCCUCUAGCACAGGAUGCUCACCUCACCUUGCACAAGGAUGCUAAACUCGUCGAUGUCUGGCCGGCCGGCGGAGCACUGAAGGCGGCCAAUGGCGCGCACGGGGCGGAGCUGGGCGAACUGUCGGGCCUGCUCCACGCGGGCCUCGUGAAGCGCGAGCCCGAGGAUCUCAGCCGCAAGGUGGUCGACGAGCCCGAGCCGCACGCGCUCAAGCCGCCGCGACACAAGGUGGCGGUCGGCGAGCCCGGCGAAGCGGCAUCGCCCUCACCGGUGCCCUCGCGGGCGUCUUCGGCCGGAUCGCUUCUGCCAGACGCGGCCAUGUACGCCGCUCAGAUGUUUGCGCCGCCCGGCACCCCCAGUCCCACUCCUUAUGGCGACCAGUAUUCGCGACAGCCGGCCACCUUUGCCAGCGAGCCAUAUUACAGAGAGUACUUUGUCGGCGAAGGAUAUCAACAAAGAGCUGCACCGCCGUACGGAGACGGGGAAUCUACAUCGGCUUCCGCGUUCAGUGACAGAUACGCGGCGCCUCGAUAUCAUAGUAAAAGCGUUAUCGCGGCUGCUGGAUUGACAGUGGAUUUGCCGUCACCGGACAGCGGCAUCGGGGCGGAUGCAGUGACUCCGCGAGACCACACCGCCGUGCAGCAGUCGUUCGACUACACGGUAAUCUGCCAGCAGCCCGGCGUCGGCGAAGACGGCCGGGGCACGCCGUCAGCGCACCACUCGCCCGCACAGGCGCCGCGCACGCGCCCCUGGCAUGACUUCGGCAGGCAAAAUGAUGCCGACAAGAUACAAAUCGCUAAACUGUUUUCCCCCUAUGGCUUCAAGUAUCACUUGGAGACAGCAAGCAGCAGUUCGCAGAGGCGCGAGGAUGACCGGAUCACCUACAUCAAUAAAGGCCAGUUCUACGGGAUCACACUGGAAUACAUUCACGAUCCUGACAAACCACUUAAAAACCAGACUGUCAAGAGCGUUGUUAUGCUAAUGUUCAGAGAAGAAAAAUCGCCCGAUGAUGAGAUUAAAGCGUGGCAGUUUUGGCACGGCAGACAACAUUCCGUCAAACAAAGGAUAUUAGACGCCGACACUAAGAACAGUAUCGGUCUGGCUGGCUGUAUCGAAGAGGUGGCGCACAAUGCCAUCGCCGUCUACUGGAACCCUUUAGAAAGUGCUGCUAAGAUUAACAUCGCUGUGCAGUGUUUGAGUACGGAUUUCAGCAGUCAAAAGGGUGUAAAGGGGUUACCGCUGCACAUUCAAAUCGAUACGUUUGAAGAUCCACGGGACACACAAGUUUAUCACAGAGGCUACUGUCAAAUUAAAGUUUUCUGUGAUAAGGGAGCUGAGCGGAAAACAAGGGACGAGGAAAGGAGAGCAGCAAAAAGGAAAAUGUCAGCAACGAACAGGAAAAAACUGGACGAGAUCUACCACCCAGUGACGGAGCGGAGUGAGUUCUACACCAUGGCGGACUUGAGCAAGCCGCCGGUAUUGUUCAGCCCCGCCGAGGAUAUCGACAAGCUAGCCGGCAUGGACAUACAAGGAUUCUACGGACACGAUGAUGCCGCGCUGGCCGAGGCGCAUCUGAAAGGCGCUUCGCCGUUCCUGUUGCACGCGGCGAAACCUCAGGCGCCCGCUCUGAAGUUCCAUAAUCACUUCCCACCAGACGCGCCAGGGUACCGGGAGGUAGGUGCGCUUUCUCCGUACAGCGACCGCAAGGACUCGUUGGAGCUGGAGGGCGUGCUGGGCAAGCGGCCGCGCACCUCCACGCCGCCGCUCAGCGAGCGCGUCAUGUUGUACGUGCGCCAGGACACCGAGGACGUAUACACGGCGCUGCACGUCGUACCGCCCACCACGCAGGGCCUCCUGCACGCGAUUGAGAAUAAGUACAAAAUUUCAAGUUCGGCAAUUAAUAAUCUUUAUCGAAAGAACAAGAAAGGGAUUACGGCCAAAAUUGACGAUGACAUGCUGGCGUACUAUUGCAACGAAGACUUAUUCCUUCUGGAAGUGCGGCCCGCGGCCACCGAAGAGGAGCGUCUCUACGACAUCACCUUCGUGGAACUGCCGUCGGAACACUAGCGGCCGCUGCUGUCGCGUAUUCCGACGUUCUCGGAGCUAAGGUUCACCAAACGUGGCCACUGGCGCCGCAACAUAACACAAUAUAUCAAUACUUUUUUUACAUAAAUGGACAGUUUAGUACUACUUAAACUUGGAACAUUCCCUUUUAGCACUCGAGUGAAAAUCUUUUUUAAUGGGAUAUUACGUUUCAGAGAGUGUCGAUCUCAGAUUGAAAUUUAUUUUAAGUGAUGUAUCGUCAUAACUAACUGAUUGUCACAAUUUGCCUUGGUUGUAAUUUAAUAAAAGUGGGACCAUAUUGUAAAUAUAUCGUAGCGCCUUAUGAAAUCACAACGAAGCUCAACUAUUUGUAGUGAUGGCAGAAAUAUGUGUUUGGUAACCAGAUGCUUCGUUUAUUGAAUGAUAUAAUAAAUCUUAUUUGUUAAAUGAGUGAUCUGUUGCUAAAUGAAAACGCGCGUGCCAUUCACUUGUUUAUUAAAAUAAGUAUGUAGUUAACGUUUCAACAGGUACCUUCUAAUCUUGCCAUGAUGAUAAAGUAAGAAUUUCUUGUCACAGAUCAUUAAAGGAUAAAGUGCCUCUCUCAUUAUAAUUAUUAUAUUUUUAAUGUAAGUGAGUUAAGUCAAAUUAAAUGCCAUCCACUUUGUUAAGUUUGUAAGCUUAAGUUUGCUUUAUAAGCUCGCUCAAUUCAUUCAUUUAGUACCUAAAAAAGGAUUUUAGUUUUAGGAUUAAACAUUAUGUUCAUUGCUUCCAAUAAAGUGACUAUAAAAUAUUUAAAAACAUUUGAAAUAUUUAAAACAUUGACAUUAAAAUAUAUUACGUAGUUAAGUAUUUAUAAAACCGCAGUAAUAAACGUUUGGUAUCAAUAAAUUUUAAUUUUUAAUGUCCAUUGGUUGUUGGCGUGUUAAAGGGUAUGCUAAAAAUGGAAGCAAUGGAUACGAAUAUGAUUUCCAUGUUAUAAACAGUCUCAACUUUGCAUAAUAUUUACUUAACAUACAUAAUAGUCAAACGCAUAGUCACGAAUGUCCAUCUGAACAACAUUAAAGUUAUUACCGACGGGAGUGGUUUACGUUUAAGUUUAAGAUUUUAUGAUAAUAGAUUUUGUUAUUUUAAAUGAAUUUCGUUACGUAGGUUAUCGGGCCAUGACAACAAUUUAGUUUAUGAAAAGUAUUUUUGUCCAAGACUUAUUAUUUAUAUUAUAAGAUUUCAUCUCAAUUAGCAAUGUAAAUUGACGUAGUGAUUGUCACUUUUGGAUUGACUAAUAUUUAACCCGUACACUACCUGGGACGUCUCAAAGCAUUGUGGAGUUGUUUGUAGUCCAAACCUCUGACCGUCGCAAAGUGGAACUAAGUGACGUGGGUACAUUAUCCGUAGUACAGAACCGAACCGUAAUCUUCCGAAAUAAAUCCAAAAUUUACAUUGUAUCCUUAAGUUUUCUCCACCGAUUUACUGUAUUCGAAAUUCAUGAGAAUGUCCUGUACCUACCGUGGAUAGGAUUGGUCGCAGAAAUAAUCAGCUGAGAUGUAUAAUGAGAAAUGUGCCUAGUGCGAUCGGUUCGAUUAACUGCCAUAUUAUGUCAUAAUUUAGAAUACGUAAUGAUUUUAGAUGUAUAAUUUUAAUUAUAGCUCGUAUUACUGUGUCACAUGUGACUUGCAGGUAGACACCGAAUUUUAUAUUAAGGUAAUGUUAUCGAUAUAUAAUGAUGUACUUUAUA